GGAUGGUACGAUUCUGUAUACGACGAGGGACUGAGUGCCCAGCCUUGCAUAUUCACGUCUGUCACGCCUGCAUGGAAUAAUGUCAAUCUUACACAACUCGCUGAAAAGAUCAAGUCGCCACUGGUUAGACACGUACGAGCUAUGACAGCGGGAUCGUUGUCUCUGGACAACUGCCAUCCGUUUGUACACGGAAAGCUCAUGUUCAUGCACAACGGUGGAAUCGCCGAUUUCCAUCUGAUAAAGCGGAAACUGCAGAGUCAACUGCCUGACCUCGCCUUUGACAUGGUCCAAGGCAAUACAGGCGAGUCGUACCCCAAAUUCCCUCCAUCUCCCAGCUCACGCAGCCCAUUAGACUCUGAAUGGACCUUUGCACUCUUCCUAUCAAAGCUCCCAGACCCGAACGCCACGACCUUGAGCUCCCAAACAUUGCAAAAGGCGAUGCUUGACACGAUUGCUUCCCUGAGGACAUUUGUGGAAGAGGCUGGGAUCACUGAGGUUUCCGAGUCUUAUGAAUUUUGUGUAACGGAUGGAGAUACUGUUAUUGCCACUCGGUAUAUCUCAUCACGGAAAGAUGAAGUGGCUUCCCUGUGGUUCUCGUCCUGCACAACGUUCAGUGAAUACGCAGAUGGCGGUCACUAUAAGAUGUCAAAGGCUGACAAGCAGGAGAACAUGUUCAUGAUUACAAGCGAACCACUUGCGUUUGAACGAGCCGAUUGGAUGGAAAUAAAAACCAAUGCCAUGGUCGUCAUCACGCCCAAGAUGAACCUUUUACGGAUACCGAUAACCGAACAAUUUUACGUCGCGCCUUCGGAUCCUAAUUCCGCUCGAACUGUCGAGUUUGCACGAGAGAAGGGGUUGCUUACGCCUCGCAACGAGCUAUCGUCGCCAUAG